AUGGCCACGAGAACCCCUCUUCUAGCAUUGUUUGCAAUGUUCACAGGGAUGACAAUCACACUGCAGUAUGCAGUAGUGAUACAGUUGGCUCUGGAAAUGGGAGUAUCGCAGAUUUUCUCAGCAGCAGAAGGUGUCGUUAGCGACAAAGCCGGGAAGAUGUUCCUGUUGUCGUUCCUUCCCACCCACGACAGUAGUGGAAACAUUCUACUAGUGCUCUCAGCGCACAAUGACACCAGCGUGCAGGUAGAAAACCAGUUCUACAACAUAUCGCUAUCAUAUGACAUCGCACAACAUGAUUCAGUAAACGUCAGUCUAAGUUCCCAGCUCAGGUACCGCAACCAUCUGGAAAUAGAACGGAAAGCUGUGAUUGUGAACUCUUCUGCUGACAUUGUUGUCCACGUGUUUAAUAUCGGCAACAUAACUUCUGACGGAUAUGUUGCCUUACCCGUGGAAGCACUGUCAACACGCUAUCUCCUGGCUGCUUUCAAUAAACCUUCAACAAUUUUCAGUGUGUUCAGCAACUCAAAACCUACUGUCUCAGCGUUUACAAUAGCUGCCCUUGAGGAUAAUACAACCGUUACCAUCAAGUUCAAGCAUUCACUAUCUUCAUGUGGAGUACAGCCAAAAUCUACAUCUGUUUUGGGUUCAUUUCUAAACCAGUUCACAUUUUCGUUUCCCCAAGCAUCAGUGAGAGAAGAUGCUAAACAAAAGGAAGUUGUGAUGACAAUAAACAAGUAUGAUGUGAUAGGAACAAACUGCACUGUGGACCCAACUGGAACAAUCAUUACAAGCAGUAGACCAGUGAGCGUUGUGUCGGGCGGUGUGUGUACCUUCGUGCCCCACGCCAUGAUGCCGGAGUGUGACCACAUGGAGGAGAUGAUGAUACCGUCAGAGCUCUUCGGGAGCCAUUUUGUCUUCCAUGAACUUGGAGGUCGUCCGUCUGGUGCCAUAUACAGAAUCAUCGCCAACGAAAACCACACGUCUAUAACAUCUAGCCUGGGACAUGGGGGAACCUUGCACGAGUCUCAGGCGGCUGACAUCAACAUCAAGGAGACGGGGCCAAUGUGUCUGAGCACCAGCAAACCCGUCCUGGUCGUCAUGUUCUCAAAGGGAAGCCAUGCCGAUGUCCCCGAGGGGUUUGGAGGGCCAUUCAUGACUGUUGUUCCUCCCACUGAGAGGUUCUCGUCCAUGCCGAUCCAUCUCCCACAUCUCUGGAACAUAACCUUCAUGAAGACAAGGAUGACCCCGUAUGUCACGGUGAUCCAGAAACAGGAAUGCAAAGACAAUUUCGAUAUGUUUGAUGAGGUUAGAGUUAUUCCGGACUGCAAGUAUGCUGUGGCCACCAUGAAGCUGACGAGAUCCUUUGAGCAGUUAGUACUGAUGCCAGAGAUGAAAUAUGGUGCCAUAUUUUAUGGAUUUGGCUCAGGAGAGGGUUUUGGAUUUUCAACAGGAAUUUCUAUGACAAAUAAAACGUCUGAGUUGCAGGAGACAAGGUACUGCGACAGUUUCCCCUGUCUGAACGACGCUGUGUGUACUGAGGGCUGCCCCUACUCUUGUCUCUGCAGGGAUGGUUUCCAGGGUCGCCAGUGUGAACAACAAAAGAACAAUACUAUGGAACCACUGUUCAAAGACAUUGACGACUGUGUGAACGACUUCCUCUGCCUGAACAACGGCACCUGCGUGGACGGGGUCAACGUGUACACGUGCGUGUGCACUCACGGCUACACAGGGCGCCGAUGUGAGCACGAUAUAGUGGAGUGCGUGAGCAGCCCCUGCAGGAACGGCGGCUACUGCGUGGAAGGUCCCAGCUCCUACACCUGCAUGUGCCGGGCCGGAUACACCGGUGUCAACUGUGAGCAGGACAUUGACGAUUGUACCCCAAACCCAUGCUUGCACGAUGGCAGAUGUACCGACAGCGUCAACAACUUCAUCUGCGACUGUAAAGACGGAUUCACAGGGACCCAGUGCGGUACAGGUAAACUGGGAUCGCGAUUCGACAGAUUCAAAUUACGCAGCACACGCUGUGAGAAAUAUCAACCUAUUAUAUGUACCACCACUCCCUUCCCUCAGUCACACAGAGAGGAAGUACUAGCAUAUGUGUGGCAGUAA